AUGCGUAUCUCAACCCUCUUCACGGCCGCUUCCCUCUUCUUGAUCGGCUCCUACAGCCUGCCUCGACCCGAGAACUUAGAGCCGUCAAGGACGAUCGAGGACCGCGAGGCCCACGUUGCCCCAGGUGCUCCAUUUGCCAGCCAUAUUGGAGGCGCGGAGUGGUGGAAAGAUCGCAAGUCGGGCGGUGAAACCCCGGCUUCGAAUGGCACGAAGUUAAAGGAACGUGAGGCACAUCACGAGAGGCCAAUCAGCGAACCUAGCGGACUACCCGAGUUCUUCGAACAUAGAGUUGGUGGCUCCGGCACUCCGAGCACCAAUGAAACCAAAAUCAAGGAACGUGAGGCACAUCACGAGAGGCCAAUCAGCGAACCUAGCGGACUACCCGAGUCCUUCAAACACAGAGUUGGUGGCUCCGGUACUCCGAGCACCAAUGAUACCAAAAUCAAGGAACGUGAGGCACAUCACGAGAGGCCAACCAGCGAACCUAGCGGAUUACCCGAGUUCUUCGAACACAGAGUAGGUGGCUCCAACACCCCGAGCACCAACGGUACCAAAAUCAAGGAACGUGAAGCACCACCGGAUGGCAUGACAUGGAUGGAAUUCAUGAAGCACAAGAAGCACAAGGGCGGAUCUCCGUCUCAUGGUGCCUUUGUGCCUUUGAGCACUGGUACUCCAUCCAAGGAACUUUCUCGAUUAUCCACCAGCGGCACUGAGACUGGUGGGACUAACAGCACGAAAGUGAGGAUGAUGAAGUUCCGCGGUUAG